CCCGGACUCUUCGAAUUGUCCAGGUGAAAGAGACCCGGCUGAACAUUCGCAAAGACACCUUCGACCGCCGGUAUACAUAAAGGAAUCCAUAGAUCGCCGGCCGAAGUGAACUGAGCAAGAGAGCGGUUGCUCGGCAGAACACCUCCGAACAUGGUAUUACGGAGUACCAGGAGCACUAGCCGGCUUGUCUUCUGGCUCGUAAUCGGCACGGCCAUCGUCUUCGUAUUCUUCACAUCAACGAUCCCAAACGAAGAUGACGGUUUCAACAUCCUGGCCGAGGCUCCGAACAAAGCUCCUGCGUGGCACAGACCAUUCCGGAUAGCAGGUCUGGGUUUGGGGCGAAAGAAGCAGAAGAGGAAGAGGAUUCUGGUGACAGGAGGGUCUGGGGUCAUCGGUCUACCUCUGGUCAAGCGACUUAUCCACGAAGGCAAUGACAUCUCCAUCCUCGAUCUCCGACAUCCCUCUCCAUCUGAUCUCAAUUACCUACGGAACGCCUCCACACCAUCCUUUGACAUUUCGUCGUUCGUAACCCAACCUUUGGGUCCUGCUCGAAAGCUGGGCAAACUCUCCAUAAUCACCGCGGACGUUCGGCACGCCAAGCAGGUCACCAACGUCUUCCAGCGAGAGACAGCUGGUUUCGAAGGUAUUAUUCACCUCGCGGGUGUCGCCAGAAAUACGUGGUGUACCGAGCGGGAAGAGGAUUGCCACAAGCUCAAUGUCGAGGGGACAGAGCUGAUAUACCGCUCGGCGGUGGAAUCAACCCCGUCGGACGUCCAGCCCCCUUGGUUCAUCUAUGCUUCCUCGUUGGAUGUCUACGGGUACCAGGGCGAGCUCGGGGCCGGCAAGAUGAAUGCGUUGGGCCGGACCAAGUGGGCAGCGGAGAGAACACUUAAAACUGCGCACGAGCAUGCAGUCGGGGAAGGCAAGGUAUCGCCCGUAGCUGUCCUGCGACUUGGUACGACUUUCGGCUCGCCUAUCGAAUUCAAGGACCGACUAUUGCCCGCUGUCGUGGAGCGGGCCAUGAUGGAGAUGCCGCUCCAGAUCAUGGACAGCGACGAGGUCGUUGACCUAAUGCGUAUCGAGGACGCUAUGGAAGGGUUCGUUGGAGCCAUCAAGCUGCUCCAAAAGAAGCGCGAUCAGUACGACCUUGCAUCUAGCAUGGAUGAUGACUCGCUACCGGAAGAGGGUGACGUGCCCCCGAGCGAAGAUGACAAGCGACGUCAGCUGGGCUCCUCGACACAAGGCUAUUGGGACGAAUUUGACGUCGUUACCGGUUCAACCUUGACACCUCGAGAACUGCUCAACAUAGUCAUGGCGGCGACGCGGUCGUCAUCCCCGAUACAAGAUUUCAGCGGAUCGAGGCAGAAGCGAAAGCCGGGACCGUAUCGUCGAAAAACGCCGGCGGUUGACCCUCGUCUCGGGGCUGAGCUUGGGUUCAAGCCGCAAAUUCCGUUCGAGAUUGGGCUCGCUGCAUACAUUCACGAGCAACAGGCCAAAUUCGUCGAUUGGUCAUCCCAGUAUCUGCGGGACAAGUGUCCGGGAAGCAAGUAUGGCAACCCAAAAACCAUCACCGAGGCCGAUCGGCGAAAUCAACGCCUAGACCGGCUUCUUGGCUGUUCUAUCAAUAUGGGCGUGAAUCACAACGGCUGGGUACACCACAUGAAAUGUGGCGAGCAGGAUGGCGUCACCUGUCAGGCAGACAACAUCAAACGCGAUGCUUAUAACUGGAACCAGACCGUAUUCAACAUCGUCUCGCCCUCGAUCGAUAACAUUUCGCCUUUGGCCAAUGACCUACUGGAUAAGAGACGCGCUCAUUCCCGGGACAUCAGUGGGCGUGCGCUAUCUGUACAAUUCGAGGAGGAAAACACCAAGAUGUUGCUCGGAUUUGAGCGCAACAGAGGAGGCGCCGUGAACUCUAGUCAGACCGUUCGUUUCAAGCUCUACAGCAAGAAGGAUGCCCGUCGAUCAGAGAUCGUGACCGAGUUCGAGCCGAGGAUUCAAACCAACGCUUCGUACUUACAGCUCGUCGUUGCCGGUACCAAUGAAUUCGUCGACAUCAUAUCGCAGGCGAAGACUACUCGUUUCGAAUUGGCUAAGCUCGCAGAAACUUCGCCUCACGACGUACGCAUGACACUUCUAUGCUGUCCUACAUCCGAACCAUGGCCUUUGCUUCUGGACGACCAUGAGACUGCGGACAUCAAGUACGGCCAUACGGGCGAUAUCCCUUACAAUGCUUCCCUCCGUAUGCACGAAUGUAGGAGGGUCGAGGAAGCCCUGGAGUUCGCUCAUGGCAAAAAGAAGAGCCAAGGAGCUACAAACACUGACAUCGUCAUGCAUGAAGAAUUUACCGUCGAUCUCGCCCAGAAGACCCGCUCAGUCCGCACCACGUACAAGCCCGCCAAUUGGAAGGAUCGAGAUUACCCGGUUUGCAUGAACGAUUGUUCGAGUCCCACGAUCUGUGUAAACAACGGUCUCUGCCGCUGCAUACAGGCCGAUGACUGCAAGGUCGAAGCGAGGAAUCCUAUCGCUCCUGUCGCCGUAUCAGCGCAUAGCAAGCUCAUCAAGAUCACCACGAACGACGAUUUUGCGAAAGCGGUCAAGAAGAUCUCCUGGAAAGACCUCUUGCUGCCGGAAGCUAAGCGUGUACUCGACGAGUUCCCCGACUUUAUCAAGGUGCACGUCGUGUCCGGGUAUGAGGGAGAGGAAAACAUCGAAUCGCUGGAUUGCCACAAGCUCGGCGACAAUCACUGCUUCUCCGCGGACAACAUCAUGUAUCGGGCCAUGCGAAAGAUCUCGGUUCCGGCGGACGAGGCAGAUCUUAUCAUUUUGCCGGCGUACCAGCAAUGCAAGGGUGGAUCGUUCUUACUGCACAAGAUCUAUCAUCACGCAGACAAGACUAUCCCGCAUUUCCAUGCCAGGGCCAAGACCGUCGUGCUUACGCACGAUUGGGGUAUAUGCAUCAAUUUCGCAUGGAACAUCUGGGCGGGCAAGGAGGAUGAUCGACUGCAUCCCGACUACAUCUUGGACAACACGAUCGUCUGGUCCGUGCAAGGCGACUCUAACACCAAGUGCUACCGACCCCACCAAGAUGUGGUCGUCCCUGCGAGGACGUGUAACAGCAUCAAACUCAAGGAAAAUUUCGGCAAUAUACUACAGGUCAACCCAGUUUCGCAGCGGACAACUUUGAUCACGUGGUCCGGAACUUAUUGGGGUACGGGCAAGAACACCCGGCUCCGGCUGGCUUGCGAACGUGGAGGUGCUGCCAAGAAAGAAUUGGUUCCCAAUGCGGGGCCUCAGUCUGUUUUCCUCAAUUGGGGCUAUAUGGAGCAACUCAGUGCCUCUCGCUUCUGUCCACAGCCGACUGGUAUCGCCGGCUGGAGUUUCCGCGUACAGGACGCAAUUUAUGCGGGAUGCAUCCCCGUUUUUCUCGCCGACGGCACACAUUACCCAUUCGCCGACGUGCUUGAUUGGUCCAAAUUCAGCGUGCGACUCAGUCCGACCGAUCUCGACCACAUCGAGGACAUCUUGCGGGAAAUUCCGCUAGACGAAGUCGAAGAGAUGCAGGCCAACCUGGUCGCCAUCCGUGAAGCUUUCCUCUACUCGACCGACGAGACGCCAGAAGACGAACUUUAUCGCCAAGGCCCGCUGUUCUUCGCCUUGCAUUCCGCACGAAUACGAUUAGUCACGCAAUACCCGCCUUCAAACAACAUUACUUCGACUUUUUGACGGGUUUUAUUUACGGGUACUCGCAGCUCGCACAGGUUGUAUCCAUAUGUAACUAUAAUACUCUGUAUCCAUAAUUAGGUGGUAUGCUUUCAACGAUGUUGCACAAUUGUUGAAGAUCCUGCCGAAACAGUUCAGGUUGAAAAAUUGCCCUGGCGGCAUCUAGUCAACCAAGUAAGAAAGGUGGAGGAUAUAUAUGUUUGUACGUUUUGUUGAUACACCCGAACAGAUCUAUGUCGGGACGGCCUGAAACAGUACGACUCUCGUGAUAUUAUAGUUUUCCAAAGUCCUCUUCCAUUCGCUUCAUGAGUUGUUCGACCUCUUCUGCGGUCGCGACCCGCGGCUUAGGGGCAGGUGCCGUGGGAG